CCCUGCCCGCGUGUGCACGACGUCACCGCGUGUGUUGAUGUUCGGUUCCCUAGUCCCAGUCUUGGUCGUGGCGGGAAACUGACAGACUGCUGGCGGCCGGGUUUUAUUAGUCAUUUCUCAAAAGUCAGUCUGCAUCAUGGAAGUGGAAAUGAAAGAGACUGGUGCCAGCGAGACGGAGGAGAGGCAGCCAAAGAAGGACUCGGCAAGCUCGGCGGCCGGGAAAGGGACGAGCGGCGCAUAUGAAAUGCCAUGGGUGGAAAAAUACAGACCAUUAAAGCUGAACGAAAUAGUGGGGAAUGAAGAGACAGUCAGCAGGCUAGCGGUGUUUGCAAGAGAAGGCAAUGUACCUAACAUUAUCAUUGCAGGUCCUCCAGGCACUGGUAAGACGACCAGUAUCUUGUGUCUGGCCCGGGCGCUGCUGGGUCCUGCCAUGAAGGAUGCGGUUCUGGAACUCAAUGCCUCCAAUGACAGAGGUAUUGACGUUGUAAGAAACAAAAUCAAGAUGUUUGCCCAGCAGAAGGUGACGCUGCCGAAAGGGCGACACAAGAUCAUCAUCCUGGAUGAAGCGGACAGCAUGACAGAUGGAGCCCAGCAAGCCCUCAGGAGAACAAUGGAGAUCUACUCUAAAACAACCCGCUUUGCAUUAGCCUGUAAUGCCUCGGACAAGAUCAUAGAGCCAAUCCAGUCCCGCUGCGCAGUGCUGCGCUACACCAAGCUGACAGACGCGCAGGUCCUGGCCCGGCUCAUGGAGGUUGUAGAGAAGGAGAAGGUGCAGAGCACUGAUGAUGGGCUGGAGGCCGUCAUCUUCACAGCGCAGGGGGACAUGAGACAGGCAUUGAACAAUUUGCAGUCUACAAAUUCUGGAUUUGGCUAUGUCAACAGUGACAAUGUGUUUAAGGUCUGUGAUGAGCCUCACCCCCUACUCGUGAAAGAGAUGAUUCAACACUGUGUGAAUGCUAAUAUCGACGAGGCUUACAAGAUUCUUGCCCAUCUUUGGAAGCUGGGUUACUCCCCCGAAGAUAUCAUCGGAAACAUUUUCAGAGUUUGCAAAACCUUCCAGAUGCCCGAAUACCUUAAACUGGAGUUCAUCAAGGAGAUCGGCUACACCCAUAUGAGGGUGGCUGAAGGGGUGAACUCUCUGCUGCAGAUGGCUGGACUCCUGGGAAGACUCUGUGCAAAGACAGCCUCCCCUGCAGCCAGCUAAACCAACCUUCCAUCGAGUGCAGAGUCUACAGCAUGCCCUGCCCCUCCCUGGGGUACAGCCAGACACAUCCCUCCCUACAUUUACAUGGCAAAAAUGUUCCAAAUAUGAGUAGUCCAAGCAAUCGGUUCACAUGCAAGUGCAAGUUAAUAAACUUUUUUUUUUUAUUUUGCAUACAGUACUAGCUUUGGGCAAUUGCCUUUACAAGCAUCUACUCAGAAAAAAUGUAUUAAUGUUAUUUUGAAGACUAGGGGACUAGCUAUCAUAUCUCUGUUUGGAACACUGGUAGUCCGAGUCAGUCAAUAUUGUUUGAAAGUAUGCAUGGUGUUUUGUUUUAGCAUUUUUUUCUAAAUGCUGCGGAUGUAGGUCACGUUCACUUACCGUUUCAUGAUACUGUCUCCUGUAAAGCGUUGCCAGGGAGGUUUGUACGAUAACGACACACUUCGGAGCAUUCUGAAUAUUACGUGCAUGGAAAUGUAGUGGUUAAGGCCAGCCUGGUGUUUUCAAAACAGAUUAGAUACACUGAACCUAGAUGUUUUGAGUAUUUCCACGGUGAGAGAAUUGAACAGAAAUACUGUGUAUGCUUUGGGGGCCCACCACUUCUUCCAUGCGACAAUGGUUUUUUUCUCAUUGUACAGGGUGAUUAGAAAAUAAGUUUACCACAUGAACACACCAUAUCAUUGAUGUGGUAAACUUACUUUAUAAUCACCCUGUUUAUUAAUUUGGGGAGGGGGUAUAAUAUAUAUAUAUAUAUAUAUAUAUAUAUAUAUAUAUAUAUAUAUAUAUAUAUAUAGGCACUGCUGGUUGUGAUGAAUUUCCUGAGUGAUUUUAUUCAAUCGUUUAUCCCAUUUUCUUUUUGUUGUAAAUAGCUUAUCUUUUGUAAUAAAGAAACAGUUUCAUCAUAAAA